AUGGCCAUUGAAGACAACAUGGUUGUAUUUGAAGAAAACCAAGUAGUUGGAAAUGACAAUAACAAUGACAACCACAUUCCAGAGAUUAAGAGAUUCAAUUGCAAAUUUUGUGACCUGACAUUUACAACGGGACAAGCUCUUGGCGGCCAUCAAAAUUGCCAUCGUGCUGAAAGAAAUGCUUUGAGGCUUGCCUCUCAACCCCGUACUGCUGAGACUUUAAACCCUGAUCAUCGUCCUAUAAUGCCAUCUCACUUCUCUCAUGAUCCCAUAUCACCUUUCCCUUUCCUGCAACCUCCAUCAUCUCUCCAUUCAUUUAACCCUCACUGUUUCCAGCCUACCCUAACCAUUACACAACCUAGGUGUGAUGUUCAUGUUAGUCAAGCCUUUUGUUCUGGUCAUGAUAUUGGUAGUAGCAGUGGUGUUGGUGGCAGUAAUAACGAUAAUGCGAUGCGGUUGAGACUCGGUGAAGUAAAUCAAGCCACAAGGCGGUAUGAGGUUAACUUCCAAGCUCUUUUGAGAGGAACCAAAUACUAUGAGGAGGAAUGUAAGAAAAAAGAUGGAGAUGAACUUGACCUUACCCUCCAUCUUUAA